AUAAUUUUCCAGGUGACGAUUGUGAAUGAACAGAGAUAUUAUGGAGGAAUCCUAGGAUCCCGCUCGCGAAGGCCAACGAUAGCAGUCAGGUUUAUUUUUGCUGCUCCCACACCUUUAACAUUUAGCUCUUUUCAGAUGCUGUGCCUGGUGGCAAAGUGUCCGUGGAGCCGUUACGUGACUGCGACCCUUUUGAGCUAUCUAGGACGUAUGUAGGUUAUAUUGGACAAACGGGGCCAAAAUGUUCCUUGCGCAAAUCCUCGUAAGAUGAGAAGAUGCAGUUAUAGGACAGCUUGACCUUGUGAAACUAGGCUGGUCUUCCCAAUUAUUUGUAAAGCCAAAGUUUGCAUGUUUGCUCCGAAGCCACCCUAUGAGCGUGCACCUGGUAUGAUUUGAAGGACAGGAAAAGAACUGGCAGGUCUGUCGGCGUCCCUUUUCUGUCCAAGGACGGCCACCUGGCCACCUAGUACGUCUGACAAAUGUGGAUCCCCUCCUCCCCCCCCUCCCAGUCCUCCUCGGCCGCUGGGAAGUAUGCUCUAUCCCCGUCCCUAUGCCAGGUUUUCUUGGCUGCCGCGGCAAGAGGAGGGUCUCGUGCACUCGACUGAUCUCGAAUUGCUAAAAACGUGGGGCGUUUGCUACUCUACCCACUGUUCGGAUUGCAAUGCAAAGGAAUUAUUUUGUUUUCUUCCUUGGUUUUCAGCUCUGAAUGCGCCUUCUAAGAACGCGGGACUUGCGUCGUUGCGUCCCAUCCCCUGCUAACGGAGGCAGCCAGGUCAUUUGUCAGUGGCCAAAUGUGGUGCAGGAAGGAAUUUCCUCCCUCGGUCAGAUAACUUGCCCUGGAGUGUUGCUGAAAGACAAAGAAGCACUCUAUCUCAGUGUCUGUGUAUUUGGGCAGUACAAAAAGACUCGAUGUGUCCCUGCAGCAUUUCCACUCUUCUUUGAAGAGAUACUAGAAUUCGAAAAGGUAUUUACUAACGUUGUUGAUCCUGGAGACCUUGUUGAGCUACUUGAAUUUGACACUGCAGUACUUGAACUAAUACAACUUGUUCCUCCAGUUGGAGAAAUUCUAGCAACUUAUGAAGAAAAUACAAGAGAUUUCCUGUUUCCUGACCCUAAGGUUACUCGUGGAAACCAUGGUUCAGAUCGUGAGAUUUUAAUGAAGAGGUCCUUUAGCUUUACAGGAAUUGCACCAAAAUUGAGAUUUUCUACAAGCUCCCUUAUUACAGAAAGUGUGUUAAGUUCAGGAAGGAUUCACACACAGGAUCAUUUGGAUCGGGUGCAUCAUUCAACACCAAAUGGAAAAUUGCAAACAAGGUUACCAAAGAAAAACACCCUUUCACCUGAGAGAGGCAGGCAUAGCCCAGUAACAAAGAACUACGAGCAACCCACAAUAGCUUCUAAAUCACGAUCUCCAUCUCCAUACACAAAAAGACGAAUGUGUGAGCUAUCAGAAGAAGCCAGACAACGCCUGGCCCAUUUAAACCUCGGGCCUUUUGAAUUCAGAAGAGAAACUGAUAAACCACCAUUUGUAGUUAGACGUGUUGAACAUCCGAGUCCCUCUGGCGAUCUUCCUACCUGGUGUACCCCCAGAGAGAGUGCAAGAGAAGCCUGGUCCCGAGUAACCUGUGAUCCUUCUCUUCUUGGCAGCUACAGACCUAAGAAAACUAAAGUAAGGUCUUCUCAUGGGAAAGACCUUGAUGGCUUUUCUGACAGCUGUGAUGAGCACCUGACAUCGGGUACAGCUAGGCAGUUUCGUUUUUCUAGUUCCUUAAUACGUUCCGCACCCUCCUCAUUGCAGAAACAUUCCUUAAGUUCUGUGCUAAACCGGUCUUCUCUUACGGAAAGAUUUAACUCUGAUUGGUCUACACCUGCAAAUGGAGAAGAGAUCCAUAAAAGAGUGAAAAAUAUUUUAAGAACACACAGUGCUAGGCAAAAGCUGACUUUUGAUGAGAGUAACUCAUCAAAAGAAGGCUCGAAUAAGACAAAAGGAAGCUCAUUUAGGGACUCAUGUAAAGAUUCCUCAUUGGGCAGCAAUCUCCAGAGCAGUUCAUCCGUGCAGCAGAACACCACCGUUCACUUAGAUGAUGGUGAAUAUUGGUCCAGUCGAGCAGCUGACUAUAAAGGAAAACCUCACAGAGCUAUCUUUGAAGACAGCCUGGAGAAAAUAUACAGAAACAUGUACAAAAAAGCUUCCAGCACUAUUUUGGAAAGAAAAUUACACUCCUGAUAGCAAUCCUACUGGAAGUGCAUAGUACAGAAGAUUAAUAUUUUUAAUGAAAAUUAUUUUUUGCAUAACAAAUAUUUGUAUUCCCAUUUUUUAAUGUGUAAUGUUCACUGGGAAGACCUGUUAUGGGCUAGUGGGGCCUUUGAACAGGAACCCCUAAAGGAAAAGCAUUGAGAUUGAAAACAGAUUUCCAAGCUAUUGAACACUUGAAUGCGGUGCAUUAUCCCCUUAGAAAGCCAGUGUGGUGCUUUUUCACCACCACUUCUCUUUUCUGACUGCUCAAAUUGGAAGCCAGUACUAAGUCUUUAGAUCAGGAGUGGCCAGCCUGUGGCACAAGUGCCACAAGGGGCAUGGCUAGCCCCUGUGUGCAGCACACAGCAGCAGAGAGGGGAUAGGCAACACAGCAGCAGAUGGAGAAGGAAGCAGAAGGCAGAGCAGGAGAUCAGGCAGAGAGCACAGGGCAGAAGAAAGAGCAGGGGAUUGGGCAGAGUGUACAGAGUAGAAAGCAGAGCAGGAGAUCAGGCAGAGGAAGGGUACCCGAGUGGCACUUGGAGAGGGUGUGGGGCUUAUUUGUGGCGCUCCUGUCAAAAAAAGUUGGCCCCACUGGUCUAGAUCGUCAUCAAGGCAGGCUUUCAGUGAGCCCAGCUUUACUUAAAUUAUUAAAACUGAUACAAAAUCUGUUUCCAAGUUUGGUAAUGGGUGAUGGCAGGAGGAGGGAGAAAGAACAAGUCAGAAUAUACCCUUGUCUGUUCAAGAGCUGCAUCUAGAAGGUAAAUGCCUGGUCAUACAUGGUGUGGAAAUGGAGAAAGAUUUCCUGCCCCCACCCCAAAGCAAAUGCUUCCUAACAUUUCUAAGCAUGAAGUUACUAUUAAUGUCAGACUCCUUUAAAAACAAAAAUGAAACAAAACCACUCUCUUUGGAGUGGAAGGAUGUCCCUUCUUCCCACAGCCCAGUUCACUGCCUUGAACAGGGUCCAGAUUCUUUGUUGAAAGCAGCAGUCGCUUUUGCUGACAUGCUUAAGAGGUGGGGAGGGGGUCGCAGAUGCCCAGAGCUAGGCAAUGAGCUCGUAUGCCCAGUGCAAACAUUUUGAAGUCCCUGCAUCGCAAUCCCACCACAUUUGGAGUCUGUCCUUACAAGCCUGCUGGGGCUCUAUUGGCAGGAACAUCUUUUUUGUUAAAGGCCACCAAAUGUUCUUCAGCAGUUCGAUGCUUUCCCCGGAGAGGUAACCUUCUCAGCCUCCAAUUGAACAGAUCUCACAUCAACAGGCCAGGGCAAAUUGCCCGUCUGUUGAAAAAGCUGAAUGACUGAAAAGGGCAAGAGUGUCCUUCUCCCGCUUUGUUUAAAAUAGAGGAGGGAAACAAAUGUGCGUCCUGGCUCGUUCACUGAAUAAGU